AUGGCCCGGGCGGGGCUGCCCGGGAAGCGAGCUACUCUUACCUAUGACACUCUCAGGUUCGAGUAUGAAGACUUCCCUGAGACCAAAGAACCCGUUUGGAUCCUCGGCCGGAAAUACAGUGUUUUUACAGAGAAAGAAGAGAUCCUGUUGGAUGUGACCUCUCGGCUUUGGUUCACCUACAGAAAGAACUUCCCUGCUAUCGGAGGAACCGGUCCCACAUCUGAUACUGGCUGGGGCUGUAUGUUGCGGUGUGGCCAGAUGAUCUUUGCUCAGGCCUUGGUCUGCAGGCAUUUGGGAAGAGACUGGAGGUGGAUAAAAGGGAAGAGGCAGAUGGAUAAUUACUUCAAUGUUCUUAAUGCCUUCAUUGACAAAAAAGACAGCUACUACUCCAUUCACCAGAUAGCCCAGAUGGGAGUUGGAGAGGGAAAAUCCAUAGGUCAGUGGUAUGGACCAAACACAGUCGCACAAGUGCUCAAAAAACUUGCAACUUUUGAUACAUGGAGUUCACUGGCAGUCCAUAUAGCCAUGGACAACACAGUAGUGAUGGAAGAAAUCCGGCGGUUGUGCCAGUCCAACUUCCCGUGUGCUGGAGCUGCAGCAUGCCCUGCUGUGGAGGCAGACGUACUCUGUAACGGGUACCCAGAGGAAGCGGGGGUUAGAGAUAGGCUCUCACUGUGGAAACCAUUGGUGCUGCUGAUACCUCUCCGCCUUGGGCUCACAGAGAUCAAUGAAGCCUAUAUUGAAACACUAAAGCACUGCUUCAUGAUGCCCCAGUCCCUGGGAGUGAUCGGAGGGAAACCAAACAGUGCUCACUACUUCAUUGGCUAUGUAGGUGAGGAACUCAUUUACCUGGAUCCCCACACUACGCAACCUGCAGUGGAGCCCAACGACAGCGGCUGUCUCCCUGAUGAAAGCUUCCACUGCCAGCACCCUCCCUGCAGAAUGAGCAUUGCCGAGCUCGACCCCUCCAUUGCAGUGGGCUUUUUCUGCAACACAGAGGAGGACUUUAACGAUUGGUGCCAGCAAAUCAAAAAGCUGUCCCUGGUAAGAGGAGCGCUGCCAAUGUUCGAACUGGUCGAACGCCAGCCAUCGCAUUUCUCCAACCCUGACGUCCUGAAUCUUACACCAGACUCCUCCGACGCAGACAGAUUGGAAAGGUUCUUUGACUCAGAAGAUGAAGACUUCGAAAUCCUAUCCCUUUGAAAACAAAUAAGAAACUGACUCUGCAAAUUUGUGUUAUGUGUGGGGAGAAGGGGGGGGAGGGAAGCUCCUUCGAGAGCCUGGGGCUACCGGUUUUCAUAGGUGCUUGCUGCCAUCCCCGCCUCUUGUCCAUCCUGGCAUUCUGUGCAGCCUCUGAGCGGAGCGUGCAUUGUCUGCGGUGGGAUGAAGAACCAAGUGGGUGUUACAGCCUUACUGGCUGGCAGUUGGAAUUUCUCAGCAGAAAACAGUCGCUGGAAGUGGUGCUUAGGAGUUCAAAGCCUAUCUGGUACAUCAGCAGGUCAGUUGGCCUUCCGGGGGAGGCAUAGAAAUCGUUAGAGCGCUCAAUCCUUACCUGAGGAGUCCCCUCUGAAGCUUAAAUAGAGCCACCCGUCAUUUAGCAGGUGCAAUGUACAGUUAAUUCCUUUAGCAGCUUCUCUUCUCACUGGCCAACUUGGACUGCAGCUCACAACGCAAAUGAACAGCAGACGAGACAGCUGUGAAGCCCCGGGAGCGCAGGUGGCCGGGCUUCCUACAGUACAACUCCUGUUCAUGCUUUGCAGGACGCAGCGCGUCCCGGCAGGUGUAGUACGCCUCUCCUGCUCACAUCCUACGAAAAGGAAGUUGAGGGAACUUAGAAGUGA